AUUCACCGACUGAGAAAUAGCCGAUAUGGAGCCGGAGGGAUCUGAUCGACUCAUCGUAGAGAGUCAAGUUUCUACUAGGAACAGCAAACUCGACGAGAUUCAGUCUCUUCUCCGUUGAGCCGGACGAUUAUGGCGAGACCACUGAAGGGUUUUUCUUCUACAUCAUCAUCAACUUCUUCCUUAACCAAGAGACCUGUCCUCUUCCCUCUUCUCUGUGCUGCUGCCAUUUUCUCGCUCCUCGUUUUGGCCAUCCAAUACUCUCUCUUCACCGGCUCCAAGAAGCUCGAUCCAAACGCAGAUGAAAUCCGCGUCUUGUUAGAUUUUCAGUCCGGCGUUCAGCAGUGCGUGGCAAACAGGGGCUUUGGACUAACUGCUACUGUGAUUGAUCACUGCAAUUUAAUUCUCAAGUUUCCUAAAGAUACUAAUAGUUCUUGGUAUAAUGAGCAGUUUAAAACCUAUGAACCUCUGGAGUACAAGUAUGAUGUUUGCGAGGCUAUUCUCUUAUGGGAACAGUAUCGGAACAUGACGACUGUCUUGACUAGAGAAUACCUAGAUGCUCGACCUGAUGGUUGGAUAGAUUAUGCAGCAAAGAGGAUAGCCCAAUUAGGUUCUGACAAAUGCUACAAUCGUUCUCUUUGUGAGGAGCAUCUUAAUUUAAUUUUACCUGCCAAACCACCCUUCCAUCCGAGACAGUUUAGGACAUGUGCGGUUGUUGGAAAUUCAGGGGAUCUUCUAAAAACCGAGUUUGGAAAAGAAAUUGAUAGCCAUGAUGCAGUUAUAAGAGACAAUGAAGCCCCAGUGAUAGAGAAAUAUGCCAAACAUGUUGGCUUGAAGAGGGAUUUUCGUUUAGUAGUUAGAGGUGCUGCUCGGAACAUGGUUGCUAUUCUUAAUGGUUCAGAUGAUGAGGUGCUAAUUAUUAAGAGCUUGACCCACAAAGAUUUCAAUGCUAUGAUUAAGACUCUUCCAAAUCCUAUCUAUCUCUUUCAAGGUAUUGUCCUACGAAGAGGGGCCAAGGGAACUGGGAUGAAAUCUAUAGAGUUGGCUCUUUCUAUGUGUGAUAUUGUUGAUAUAUAUGGAUUCACGGUUGACCCUGGCUACACUGAAUGGACCCGAUACUUCUCUGCCCCAAGAAAAGGGCACAACCCACUUCAAGGAAGAGCAUACUACCAGCUUCUCGAGUGCCUUGGUGUAAUCAGGAUCCACUCACCAAUGCGAGCAGAGCGAAAGGAAGACUGGUCAGAUGUGCCGACUAGAGAAAUGAUAAGCAGAGCUCAAGCAGCAGCCUUGCAAUUGAAGCGGAGUCGAACUGGUCAAGGCGGAGGUAUUGGGCAAUUUGGUAACUGUAAGGUAUGGGGUAAAGUGGGUCCCGAUGAUGUUGGGCCGAUUUCUGGGUCUCCCGACAUGACUGGUGCAAGAAAGUACUCGAAUUAUAGCAAAUGGGAAACCAUGCCUUUCGAGAGUCUAAGGAAGGAAACUCGGGAUCAUUAUAACCAGAUGGAAGAUGUGUCGCUUUACAAAAUGGAUGGAAACAAGUUGGAUGAUUUGGUUUGUGUCAAACACACCCUUAGAUCGGAAGAAAAGUAAAAUUUUAUUGUUGCAUUGAUUCAAGAUUUCUAGACAUUUUGAGGGUAUAUGAGAAUGAAACUACACAUUUUGUAUGAGCAAGCCCGUUGUAUUAAAACAGUUGUAAAGAAAGAAAUGGUCAAUUAUGUAAUUUCAUUGUAAUAUUUUAUGCCAUAUGUUAUUCAA